AUGCGCCUCGGGGAGCUCGCUGCCAGGAACUUCCUCAACUGCUCCGGCAAGUCAGAGAAAUCGUCGGCGGCGAAUUUGACCUCCUCCGCGGCGGCGGAGGAGUUUUUGGAUAUCUCGCAGGCAUUCAGUGAUUUCUCCGGGUGUAGCAGCGAUAUAUCCGGGGAAUUGCAGCGAUUGGAGUGCUUGCCUUCUCCCAAACGAGGAGGGGAGGAGGAAUUGCAGCCGGAGUCGUGCUUCGGGUUUCUGCAGAGGGAGAGCUUCUCGACGGAGAUAAUCGAGAGUAUUUCGCCGGAGGAUCUCCAACCGACGGUCAAGAUCUGCGUGGAAGAUAGGGAUGGGUGGCUGUGGUUUUUUUUUCUUUUAUUUUUCGUUCCUUUUUUUUUCUUUUAUUUUUCGUUCCUUUUUUUGUAG